AUGGGCUCGCCGAACCAAGAAUAUUUAGGACAGCGACUGUCAGCAGAGCACCGCACAAGUAACUGGGACCACAAGCCGCAGGCCAUUGUGUAUGACCCAUCGCUGGACAAGUUCGAGACUGUCGAGCGUCAAAAUCUAAACACCGAUUGUAACAGUUUUCCGGUCCAUCUUCCUUGGUGGCGCAACAAAGUUGAUAUAUAUCUGGACCCGGAGAACAGGUCAGGAUUCGUAGCGACGGUAAAACUGGAUCGUCUUGGGGCUGCAAAAAAUUGGCAGCGUCGGUUGCGCCAUAACUAUAAGGUCCUUCAUGUCAAAGGCUUGAAGCCUGGAACAGCAUCACGAGCAUCCUCGAGCUCAUCCACCUCAAUACCUGUCGUGAAGCAUGGUGACCACAGUGUCUGA